AUGAAUGAACUUCAAGAGACAUUUGAGGGAUACUUCUCAAAUGAUCUUGAAACCCAGCAAAAUUGCGUCUCAGUAAUCGAAAACCUUCCUAAAACAAAUGAAAAUAUUCAAGCAUUACUAGAUUUAUUUUUGAACACGAAAAAUGAUUCGGUAAGGGGCCUUUCCCUUAACAUCCUUUCUAAAUGCAUUAAUUCAUCAAAUGAAAUAAAUCCUGAACUCCUCUAUAAUCUCGGAAAUACAGGACUAAAAUUUUAUUUGACUAAUAAGACUCCUUCAUUUCAAUACUCUGCGCAAAAACUGAUCAAUUUAGUUUUACAUAAAUUAGAAAAUCCAUGGUUGGAGUUAGAAAAUGCAAUUAUGAAUGAAUCAAUCCCAUUUAAAACCAGAAUAUACCUUUUUGACUGUGUUUCCAUCUAUUCCAAUCCAAACUACGCAAAAGAUUUAUACAAUAUAUUUAAUUUCAUUCAAUUUAUCGAAAUUGGACUUUCAUCAACGAUUCCAGACAUUAUUCUUAGAACAAUAUGUGCAAUGAUAAAUCUUACAUGCAUGGUGUUUCAAGAUCCUAACUAUUUUACAAGUUAUCACGAUAUAAUUUUAGAAAAGCUUCUUCAGAUUGCAGGUUCAAUAUCUGAUCCUCAAUUUCUUGAUAUACUCAGUUUACCGAACUUCGUUUCAUGGAUUCCAAGUCUUCAAGAACUAAAUGAAAAUAAUUUCAUAAAUUUACUGCCAACGACACAAUUGAAGUCCAAGUUUAUAUCAGAGAUGCUUGCGAUCAUCCCUGUUUCUUAUUGGCUCGAAGAAUCAACAAUAAUUGAAUUUUUAUUUUUCGGAGUGAAUUUGAUGAAUGAAGAUAGCGGGGCGAUCGAAUAUUUCGAUAAGAAUGAGUUUUCAAAGGUUUUGAUGCUCAUUAGUUUAGAAAACAAAAUGAAUUUUGUUCAGGAAAUUUUGACAACGAAUAACAUAGAAUUAAUCAUAUUUAUAUUAGAAGCCAUUGCUGAAACACUGCAAAACAUGGAUGAUUAUUACGAAAUCAUCAACGAAAUUUCAAAAUUAGAUUUAUCAUCUCCAGAAGGAAUUUACAGGAUAGAAGCACUGAAUAUAUUACUAACAAAGAAAUUUAUGGUGUAUUCAAGUCCAGAUAAUUACUCUAAACUUGUUUCUGACGCAAUUUCCACAAUUGGAGAAAUUCUUGAGAAUUAUGAGCCAUCGGAAGCACUAGACAACAGACUAUCUAUACUUAUCAAGAAUAUUAAACCAGAUGGUCCAAAUUCCCCGAUAAAAUUACAAAAUUUUGAAAGUUUUCUAACUUUAUACGAUGCUUUCGCCAAAUUGGAUUUUAUGGCUUCUUUGGAUGCUGUAUCCACACUUAUUACAAAUAUUUGUCUUGGUUUUUCACCAGAAAUAUUUUCUCAAUAUUCUGAAGUAAUUACUUCAAUUAUCUUGCAAUGGUUUGAUGGAGAUAAUAUAUCUCUUAAGAAAAAUGCUUAUUCCUUCUUUUCUCGUUGUUUUGACGCAAAUCAACAAAUUUUCUUUGAAUAUUUUGACAAAAUUAUACAACAGAUGAAGAUUGACAUAGAUGAGCCAGAACUUAAGGUCAAUAUCAUUGUUGCUCUAUAUAAUAUGCAAAUAACCUUGUCAAAUAUUGAAAAUCAAAAAGAAGUAGAGAAUUUCCUACAAAUUAUCCAAGAAACUGCCCAAUCAAUAGGUCCUAAGUUCCAAAUUGAAGGAUCGGUAACAGAAAGUCAGUCAGAAUCAGAAAUAAUAAUUGCAAAAUGUUUAAUUAACUUUGAUAUCCAGACAGCAUUCAAUAAUUUCUUAAUUUUAUGUUCUUGUGAAUGCGUUAAUCCUCCUAGUUCUAUUCUAGACCUUUUCCAUCAGUUUUUUAGCAGAUUUGCUGAUUUUCAAUCACAUUUUCCGUAUAUUUUCAAGUUAAUUAUGGAUACUUUUUCAAAGGUUUGUCCGAUAAGUUAUUCUUUGUUCCUUAUUUUGGGAGAAAUCCUGCAAAACCGAGAAAUUGCCGGAAUUACCGAUGAAGAUGCAGAAAAAGCACUUCAAAUGGCAAUGAUUGCGUUUGAUACAUUACUUAGAGAAAAGCAUCUUGAUGAUUUUAAUAUUUUCCAAAUUAUUCAGAAUUUUUUCAUUAAAUGGUUUGAAACAGAACAGAAUUCCGAGAUCAUCAACCAAGCAAUUGAGUACUGGGCAUCAUUAUUAUCCUAUAAAGUCAUCGCUGUUGGAGAUAUGGCUUUGUUUUUAUUAAGUUUUCUUUCUUUUUAUGUCCAGUUGCCACAAGAAGUCAUAAAUCAAGCGUUCCAGACAAUAUAUGAGCUAUUGAAUCAACCAAAUGCUCCAUUUAGAGGAGCUGGAAUUUUUAUUUCAGCUUGCAUCAAGAAAGGCGAAAACAUUCCGGAAAAUAUAAUGGAAAUUAUCAAUAUUGGUAUAGAAAAGUCAAAAGCAAAGGAUAAUUACCUUAAUUUGACUAAUUUCUUAUCAUCAUUUGCCCAACUUGUUCUAAAUGGCAAUGUUAAUGAUGAUUUGACCGUUUUGAAGUUAGUGUUAGAGUAUCAGUUCAUAUAUUCUUGUGAAGAUAUUGAUUCUAUCAUAAAUUACUUAUUAAAUUGCACAAAUAACGAAGAAGGCAAAGAAAUUGCAAUUAAAGAGAUAUGUAAGGCAACACUUGUUACACAACUAUCAAAUGUUUCUCCUGAAACAAGAGAUCAAACGUUCAAUUACUUGAAUGAACUUAUUAAAUGCAAUCCUUCUGGUAGCUUUGCUGAUUUUCAAGAUCCAAAGCAAUUAGAUAUGCUUAAAUCGAUUGUUGAGAAUUAUUUGAAGCAGAAGGAGAAUCUUGAAGAAGAAGAAUAA